AUGGCAACCACGUCCGCCACCGGCGGCGCGCUUGAGCCUGCUGGUGCAUCUCCUCGAAGACCGCGCCUGCGUCAGAAGACGGAUCUUGUAGGCGCACAACCUCGUGAGCUUCUGAAAGAAAGGUCGCUUGCAGAAGGGGAGCCUGCGUCUGCCACAUCACCAACAUCUUUGCGCUCAUACCAGACAUCCGGAUUCACAACUCGAUUUGGGACUGGAUGGAUGGCACCCACUGCUUCCAGCUCGCAGUCUGUUGCUAAAGAAGGACACCUUGGCAGAGCAAACGGAGAGCGCGGACAGCGACAGCCUUCGUCCGAUGCAUUCAUCGACAUGGUUCGAAGGUCAUCCUCUCAGCAAAGCCACGCCAGAACCCCUUCGCGCCCUCUACUCAGGACGCGCAGCCCAUCGUCAAACGGCAGCGAAGUAUCAGCAGAUCAACAGCCAUGCUCGCCCAUCCGCUCCAAAGCUCCUUCCAUCUCGUCCCGUCAUUCUCAGAGCCCCAAAUCUGAGAGCGUGACGCUGACGAUGAGCUCGCCACGCUAUACCAGUAUGAUGACGUCCAGACCGCAGCGUCGCUCCUCCCUGGCACCCUCAGAGGCACCAAUGACGCAAGACAAUGCAGCUUUGAGCGACAUGGCCUACUUUUCCAUGCGGGACAAGGCAGAGGAAAAGGCUGCAAAGGCGGGGAGCUCGAGCAGUGUGGACGCAACAUCCGCAUGUGGCACAAGCAACGUCGGCAACGUCGGCACCGUCUCACCUGGCUCAGAAGUCACGCUUGUCCCAAUCUCUGAGGAUGGCCGAUCCUUUCGAUUUGUGGAGCGUAGCAGCAACGACGCUUGCGCAUCUUUGGCAAGCACACAUGCGCAUGUGCGCAGCCGCAGCGAUGCGGCUGCCAAUAGGUCUUCAAUGAAGAAGGCUGCUUCUGUCCAAUCAUGGCUCAAAAAGACCACGGAUGUUGGCGAGGACGACGCGAAUGAAGGUGGUCAUGCCCGUGACCCAUUGAGUGCAUUGAUUGGAGAACGUCACGCUGCACAUGGAAGAGACGGCGAUCCAAAAGACCUUGAUGAGCGUCGUGCCUCGGAUGGAAGUGCAGGGUUGAGCAUAGGAAGACGCGGCUACUCGGGUUCCUCGCAAGACAACUCCUCGGCGGAUUGGAUGUCGACAGACUCGGCCUCUUCCGCUUCCUCUCUUCAUCCCGCAGCGCUCUCGCCUGAUGGCUUUCGGCAAGAUGCUGGCGACGGCUCCUCUUGCCCUGCUCUGUCCUCAAGUCCGGGUCUGACGGACGCGGGAGAUGUGAGCACGAGCGAUGCGCUCACUGAAGCUUCAUCCCUACCCACGCCUAGCUUCUGCGAUGGGCUGGAAUUGGACAAGGAUUCGCUACACACCAUCGAGCGUCUGCAUCUCGAUGAUGCGUGCGACAAAGGAGACAUGCACAAAUCGAGCAGUCGGGCUAUGCCUGAUUCCAUGCUUGCGACUCGUGUUCGCCCUGCUCUCAGCUGA